UUUAAAUCAAAUGAGUAAUUUGAAUGCUGCAAGUUUAUAUGAAAAUCUAUAACAACCUAUAAGUCAAUACUAUGACAAGAGUUCAAAUUUGACAAGGGAAGAAUAUUUUUAUAAACUCUCAAUAUCCACUACAUUAUACUUGGGAAAUUUGUCAAUCUAUACAACUGAAGAAUAAAUAUUUGAAUUAUUCAAUAGAGUUGGAGCAGGAGUGAGAAGAUUAAUUAUGGGAAGAAAUAAAGAAACAGGAAAGGCUAUUGGAUUUUGCUUCAUUGAAUAUUUUAAUCAUGAAGAUGCAAAAGAGGCUCAUGAAUACUUGGACCUUUUAAAAUUGGAUGAAAGAGCAAUAAGAGUAGAUUGGGAUAUUGGAUAUUCUGAAGGAAGAGAAUAUGGAAGAGGCACAGGAGGCAAUUAAGUUAGAGAUUCUUAUAGAAAGGUGGCAGAUCCAGAAAGACCUAAUGUUCAAUAAAACAGAGGUAGAGGAAGAAGUUAUAAUAACAAUGGAGGAAGGAGAAAAUAAGCUGAUGAAGAUGAGAGCGACAAUUCAGGAGGUGGAUAUAAGAAAAGAGCAGGAAACAGAUCAAACAAUAAUUAUUGAAGAUUGAAAAUUUUC